UACUGAUUAGCUAGAGAAGAUAACCAAAAUUACAGUAACUCACCAUCAUCAUCAACCAUGGCAAAGUCUAUACUCUGGUCAAAAUGGGGCAGAAAAGAAUGGAUAAUAACAGCCAUUGGAUUCACUGUUCUUUCAUCAGCUAUUAUUCUGACCCUUGACUCGUCAUUAUCAUCAUCAGUAUCAGAUCGUGUUCCUAGUCAAACCCAGAGAACCCCUCUUGUUGAUUUGAUUUUAUUGCGAAAUGCUCAGCAAAAAGGAGCUGUUUGCCUGGAUGGAAGUUCACCCGGGUAUCAUUUCAGCAAGGGUUUUGAUUCUGGUACCGAGAAUUGGCUUCUUCACAUUGAGGGUGGUGGUUGGUGCGAUACAGUGGAGUCAUGUACUCUGCGUAAGGGGACUGCGUUAGGAUCUUCUAAGUUUAUGUUUCGUAGAGUUCCUUUUACUGGCAUUUUCAGCAGUAACGAGUCACAGAAUCCUGAUUUCUUUAACUGGAACAAAGUAAAGAUACGCUAUUGUGAUGGGGCAUCAUUUGUUGGGAAUCAAAGUGAACCCGAGAGUGGUUCGGGCCUCUUCUUUAGAGGUCAGCUCAUCUGGGAUGCAGUCAUGGAGGAACUCCUUUCACUAGGUUUAGCUACUGCUCGACAGGCUCUUCUUUCCGGAUACUCUGCUGGAGGAUUGGCGGCUCUCAUACACUGUGAUGCUUUUCAAGAAAUGCUGCCUAAAGAAGUUAAUGUCAAAUGUCUCUCAGAUGCAGGAUUUUUCUUGGAUGAGAAAGAUAUAUCGGGAGAGCGCACCAUGCGAUCUUUCUAUCAUGCUGUAUCAAAUCUUCAGGGAGUGACAAAGGGUUUCCAGAAGGACUGUAUCUCGAAAAUGGAAUCAUCUGAUCAGUGUUUAUUUCCCCAAAAUUUUGUUAAGUACAUAAAGACGCCAGUUUUUCUUGUGAAUCCUUCUUACGAUUGGUGGCAGAUACUACACAUUUUGGUACCAUGUGCAUCAGAUCGUAGUUGGUUAAAAUGUAAACGGAAUGUUAUGGAUUGUAAUCCAAGCCAACUUGAGAUACUGCACGGAUACCGGAAUUCUAUGCUAGAGCAGCUGAACCAAUUCCAAUAUAGCAGGAAUGUGGGCAUGUUUAUAAACUCAUGCUUUUCGCACUGCCAGACAUGGAUGACCAAGACAUGGCAUUCUGAGGACUCCCCAAGAAUCAACAAUAAGACAAUUGCAGAAGCAGUGGGGGAUUGGUAUUUCGACAGAAAAGCUGUUAAGGAAAUUGAUGACGGCCCAUACCCCUCCAAUCCUACUUGUCACAAUCUGGACUUCAAUGCUUUUCAUAAAGCAAGACGGGCUUAACGCAAUUGGUCGUCAGCAAAUAACUAUGCAGGGCGCCAUUUCAUAUCGAAAAUGAUCACAUAUGGGAGCUGCAAAUACAGAUCCUUGUAUUCUUUUCAACUUCAGUGGUGCCAAAAGAGAAAAAAAUGUACGGUAUGAUAUCCAAAAGCACUUCAUUUGUUGCCUUCGUCAUAAUUGUACUAAAUGGUUUCCAUUCUCUUAUAUGCUCUUGAUGGCGGAAGAAAAAAAUGGAAAUUGUGUUGCCAGGGUAUGACGUGGAUGGUGAUGUACUUAGGCUAGAAUAGCCAGGUAUACCCGGGCAUGCACCAAAAGUGCAUCAAACUUUAUCACAACUCUAUUAUAUUCUAGCAAACGUCCUGCACCUCCCUUCAUGUUGACAGUUAUUUUUAGCGAUCAAUAUCAUACGUGACCCUCCAAGUCGUUGAGCACUGAGCCAAUGACGAUUCUUUCUU